UUAAUUUUAAAUCCUUUCCUUAUGAAUGCUUUCCCUAUUUGUGCGGAAAGUUAUUACUAAAAUACGUCAGCAGCAUUAGUAAGUCAGGUCUUCAUAUCUUAAAUGCUGGAGAUUUACCGUAUAAAUGAAAGGUCCCGUGUCCCUUCUUUCAGGUGAGCGGAGAUUUAAACAUCUCCCUGCGCCUCCUUUAGUCACUCCUGACGCUUCACUUUGUCUCUGUUGUAGGACCUGUAAAAUGCAGGCCCCGAGCUCCCGGGCUGUGCACCUGAGCGAAUGGCAGAAGAACUACUUUGCAGUUACGUCUGGCACGUGCACGGCCGUGCAGAAGGCAGAGGCCUACCGGGCGCAGGUGCUGCGCGUUCAGUAUGCGUGGGCCAACUCCGAGAUCUCCCAGGUCUGUGCUUCCAGACUGUUCAAGAAAUAUGCAGAGAAAUACUCGGCAAUCGUUGAUUCUGACAACGUGGAAACCGGCUUGAAUAACUAUGCGGAAAACGUUUUAACGGUAGCAAGAGCGCAGCGGACGGACAGUGACCAGUGGCAGUCGGGACUGUCGCUGAGUAAUGUCUUCCAGAUGCGCAGUGUGCAGGAGAUGAUGCGGGCUGGCGAGAAGCUCCGAGGCUCCCUGCUGGCCCCUGCUGAUGCUUCCGUCGUGAUCCAUGGAGGGGCCGUGGUUCCCGACCCUCCGAAGUCUAGUGUUUGUGGUGGUUCUCGGGAGAGCGACCCACUGACUAAGCCAGCUCACGGUACAGGCUGGACCCCGGACAUCCCAGAGAGCGGCCCCUCGGGCCCUCUGAGUGCCCAGCCCCCUGUGGCGACUAACACCCCCAAGACGUGUCCCAUGUUCUCAGCACCUUUUGGUGACUUAGCCACCCCGCUAUUUGGAAAUGUCAGGAAGGACAAUAGCAGUGCUCCAAAAGCCAGCCCGGGACUGAGUCUGUUCUUACCCCGUCAGCCUCGCUCUCCUGCCGGCGGGGAAGGCCCCUGGGACAGGAGCGCUUUCUACGGCUCCGGCCCCGCCGAAGCCCUUUCUGCCCCGACCCUGAGUGAGGCUCUUAGGAACACGGAGGGGAACGGCCACCGGGAGGAAGGCGGCCUGCCAACCUUUAAAACCGCGAAGGAGCAGCUAUGGGUGGAGCAGCAGAAAAAGCACCACCCGCCUGCCCGGGUGGCAGCACCUUCCUAUGGCGGCAGCGGCGUCAAGAAGUCCCUGGGCGCCAGUCGAUCCCGAGGAAUUUUUGGGAAGUUUGUCCCUCCUGUGCCUAAGCCAGAUGGCGGGGAUGCGCAUGGUGGGGUGCAGCACAAGCCUGACAGUGCCGGGCCCGCAGAGCCAGCGCCCCCCGUGGACGAGCGUUUGAAGAGCUUGGAGCCCAAGAUGAUCGAACUGAUUAUGAGUGAGAUUAUGGACCAUGGGCCCCCCGUGACCUGGGACGACAUCGCGGGGGUGGAGUUCGCCAAGGCCACCAUAAAGGAGAUCGUCGUGUGGCCCAUGAUGCGGCCUGACAUCUUCACGGGCUUGCGGGGCCCGCCCAAGGGGAUUCUGCUCUUCGGGCCUCCUGGGACUGGGAAAACCCUGAUCGGCAAGUGCAUCGCCAGUCAGUCUGGGGCCACCUUCUUCAGUAUCUCGGCCUCCUCCUUGACCUCCAAGUGGGUGGGCGAGGGGGAGAAGAUGGUCCGCGCGCUGUUCGCGGUGGCGCGGUGCCAGCAGCCCGCUGUGAUAUUCAUUGAUGAAAUCGACUCCCUGUUAUCCCAGCGGGCAGAUGGGGAGCACGAGUCUUCUAGGAGGAUCAAGACCGAGUUCCUGGUUCAGCUGGACGGAGCCACCACGUCUUCUGAAGAUCGCAUUCUAGUCGUGGGAGCAACCAAUCGGCCUCAGGAAAUCGACGAGGCCGCCCGCAGGAGGUUGGUGAAAAGGCUCUACAUCCCCCUCCCGGAGGCCUCAGCCCGGAAGCAGAUAGUGACACGCCUGAUGUCCAGGGAGCAGUGCAGCCUCCGCGAGGAGGAGAUCGAGCUGGUGGUGCAGCGGUCGGCAGGCUUCUCGGGCGCCGACAUGACGCAGCUGUGCCGAGAGGCAUCCCUCGGCCCCAUUCGCAGCUUGCAGGCCGCCGACAUCGCCACCAUCACGGCGGACCAGGUCCCGCCCAUAGCUUACGUGGACUUCGACAAUGCCUUCAGAACUGUGCGGCCCAGCGUGUCUCCCACAGACCUAGAGCUUUAUGAAAACUGGAACAGAACCUUCGGUUGUGGGAAGUAAGCAGGACCCUUAGAGUUAAAGAGUGUGGCACAGCCUUUCCCGGCCUGGAGCUCGGGAACCUGGGGCUUCAUCCGUGGUCCUGGAAGUGUGUGUCCUGAAUCCAGAACCGCAGGUGGAGCAAUUGCAAUUGACAGCCUGUGUGGCUAGUAGCUUGAUUUUCUUCCAGUUCCCUGAUGUGUACACCUAGUCAUACCCCACGCAAGGGAUCUUGUCUGGUUUCUAAUGUCCUUCUUUUUAAGAUGUGCAAUGGGAUGAAUAGUGAGCCCAGAUUGAGCUCUGAGUUCUUGUAAACCAGGCUGUGUGAUUUACACGUGUCUUUUAUUGCUAGUCUGUGGUUUACGUUCGAGACAGAGCAUGGCUCACUCACUGUUGUUUAAGAUGUAAGAUCUCGCCAAAACCGG